CGCACGCCUCGACUGGCUCCGUGAUUUUUGCAAAAUUUCAACGUGACCCUCUGCAACUGACCGAUAUAUCGACCGAUUCCAUUUCCAAGCGGAGCUCGCGGAAAUCCGGACUUCAAGUAGAUCUGCGAAUUUGACAUUUUUCACAAAAAGAAACACACGCAGCUCCGAAAUUGUUGGUUACAUGCACGGCUCAAAACCUGCCGCACCCGCACUACCACUAGAGAACAGCUGAUGAAGAGCAGAAGACGCGAAUCGAGACGGUCAGUAAUCUCGUCAGAAGAACAACUGCGAUGAAAGAAUCAAAUAACUUUUAACUUGUAAUUAAUAUGAUAUUAAAUGGAUAAAAAAGCAGUUUUGGCUCGAAAAAAAUUAUUUUGAAUCAUCAAAAUUUUCUAUGAAAACUUAGUCAAAGAUAAGUUUCUACGACGGCGACCGCGCUGCGCUCUAGUCUGCUCUAAAAUCUCAAAACUCAUCGGUUUCGCAACAACCUUCGACGAAAGAUCAUCGGUCAAAGUUCAUCAUUAUCCUAAUCGGCAAGCUGAACUCGUUAUUUUUCCGUCGUCUGGUGUUCAGCUCCAGGAAAAUGCCGGGUAAAGUCACGGCCAAAAUUGGCCCUUCGAUCCUCAAUGCCGAUCUGUCCCAGCUGAGUGAAGAAUGCCGGCGAUUGCUGGACUCUGGCGCGGAUUACCUUCACCUCGAUGUGAUGGAUGGGCACUUUGUGCCAAAUCUUACCUUUGGUCAUCCUCUGGUCAAGUGCCUCAGGGCAAAGGUCAAGGAUGCCUUUUUUGAGACGCACAUGAUGGUGUCAAAGCCUCAACAGUGGAUCGAACCAAUGGCAGACGCUGGUGUAGAUCAGUAUACGUUCCAUGUGGAACCGGUUGAAGAUGUUCCUUUGGUUUGCCGUAAGAUUCGAGAGGCUGGCAUGAAGGUUGGAGUAGCUCUGAAACCAGGUACUCCUGUCGAAGUUGUCACUGAAUACGUUAAUGAAGCUGACAUGGUUCUAGUAAUGACAGUAGAACCAGGCUUUGGAGGACAAAAAUUCAUGGAUUCCAUGAUGAAAAAAGUUUCAUGGUUGAGACAAAAUUACCCUGAUCUGGAUAUUGAGGUAGAUGGAGGCGUGGGACCAAGCACUAUUAAUGCCUGUGCAGAAGCUGGAGCAAACAUGAUUGUAUCUGGCACAGCAGUUAUAAAUGCCAGCGAUCCAGCCAAAGUCAUUAAAGAUUUAAAGUGUACUGUAAAUAAUGCUUUAGAAAAGUAAUUUGAAAGACAAAAUUAAAAUUUUUAAAUAUAUUUUGUACAAGUUUUAUUAAAGUCAUAUUCUUAUAA